UAAAGAAAAAAAAAAAAAAGGAAAAGGCUUCUGCUUGAGCAGAGCGCGUCUUGUGGCUCUCUGUAUUAUAAUCUCUCGCUCUCUCUCUCUCAUCGUUUUCCUUCUCCACGGACUAAUCGACGCAACCUCCACAGCAACCGCCGACCACCAUCACUGCCGCCACUACCUCUACCUUCUGAAACAAAAAGGGAGAAUUAUUACCCCAAAUUCGUCCAUCCUUGAUUCUAUUCCCGUGAAAAUGAUCAACAUCUGCUAAAAAAGUCAUUGAUUGAUCGCUCGGAUAUCAGCUGUUGAUUUUGAUCAGUAGGGUAGAUUAAUUCUUGAUUUUGUAAUCAUGGAGAUGAGGCCAAAUCCCACGGUCGAUAACUCGCACCAGCACCAGUAUCAGCGCCAUGCACCUGCGACUCCAUCGAAGCAGCCCGCUGCUCCUCCUAACCCGGUCGAUACUUCCUCCGUUUCUCAGAGGUUACAGAAGGAAUUGAUGUCUCUCAUGAUGAGUGGAGGAGAUCUUGGUGUGUCAGCAUUUCCUGAAGGUGAGAGUAUCUUUACAUGGUGUGGAACAAUUGAGGGUGGAAAGGGAACUGCAUACGAGGGUUUAUCAUAUAAGCUUUCUUUGCGAUUUCCUCUGGACUAUCCCUUUAAACCACCACAAGUCAAAUUUGAGACAAAUUGCUUUCAUCCAAAUGUUGAUCAGUAUGGCAAUAUAUGCCUAGACAUACUCCAGGAGAAGUGGUCUUCAGCUUACGAUUGCAGAACAAUCCUUUUGUCCAUCCAAAGUCUAUUGGGAGAACCUAAUCCAGAUAGUCCUCUUAACAGCUAUGCUGCAAAAUUAUGGAAUAAUAAGGAAGAAUACAAGAAAAUGGUCCACAAACAGUACUAUGCUGGAGAAGUAUUUGAGAGCUGAUCUGCAGAAUUCUUAUAACUGAUGACAUCUCAAAUCCUUGCUUUUGCUUGUAAUGUUUCAAGUGAGGUCUUGAGCGAGUUCAUAUAUUUGUAGUUCUCCCUCAAAUGAAAACUUGUCAUAUGAAACAGAUGCUAUUGCAUAUAAAUUUGUCUGUUUCUCUUCACCUCUGAUCAAAAUUGGUUGAUAUUUCUUUGAUGUAACUGCAAAAUAAACUCAUGCAAAGAGUUGUAAAUUUUUCAAAAUCAAAUUAAAAUAUUUCAGUUCAUUUGUA